CGCCAAACAAACAGGAAGAAGGAUAAGAAGGAAAAAAAAAAAGAAGAAGACGAAGAAGAAGGAGAAGAAGAAAACAUUAGUACCCUGGGCGACUUCUAUGUGUCGGUAGGAUGGAAAUAUAAGGUUGACCUCAAGGUGUGGGACCAAACAUUGUUCUUCAGUGCAUGGAAGCAAAGCCAAUGCGCAGGGCCACCAGCGCACGCCAAGACGCCACUGGAAUGGACAUCACCAGCCGCUGUACUCUGGGGGACCCCAACAAACUCCCUGAAGGGGUCCCCCAGCCUGCACGCAUGCCAUACGUCUCAGACAAACACCCACGGCAGACACUCGAGGUGAUCAACCUCUUGAGAAAACACCGUGAGCUCUGUGAUGUGGUGCUGGUGGUGGGCGCCAAGAAGAUUUACGCUCAUCGUGUGAUCCUGUCCGCCUGCAGCCCGUACUUCAGGGCAAUGUUUACUGGAGAGCUGGCAGAAAGCAGGCAGACUGAGGUAGUUAUCCGUGACAUCGAUGAGAGAGCCAUGGAGCUGCUCAUUGACUUUGCCUACACCUCACAGGUGACUGUAGAGGAGGGGAAUGUCCAGACUCUGCUCCCUGCAGCCUGUCUUCUCCAGCUGGCUGAGAUCCAGGAGGCUUGCUGUGAGUUCCUUAAGAGGCAACUGGAUCCCUCCAAUUGUCUGGGCAUCAGGGCCUUCGCUGAUACACACUCCUGCCGCGAGCUACUCCGCAUUGCAGACAAAUUCACUCAGCACAAUUUUCAGGAGGUAAUGGAAAGUGAAGAGUUCAUGCUGCUGCCUGCUAACCAGCUGAUUGACAUCAUCUCCAGUGAUGAGCUCAAUGUGCGGAGUGAGGAGCAGGUUUUCAAUGCUGUGAUGGCCUGGGUGAAAUACAGCAUCCAGGAACGCAGGCCACAGCUACCCCAGGUCCUGCAGCACGUCCGUCUGCCACUGCUCAGUCCCAAGUUUCUAGUGGGCACGGUGGGUUCAGAUCCUCUCAUCAAGAGUGAUGAGGAGUGCAGAGACCUGGUUGAUGAGGCCAAGAAUUACCUGCUACUGCCACAGGAGAGGCCACUGAUGCAGGGCCCCAGAACACGGCCGCGAAAACCGAUCCGCUGUGGAGAGGUACUAUUUGCAGUUGGUGGCUGGUGCAGCGGAGAUGCUAUUUCCAGCGUUGAGCGGUAUGAUCCUCAGACCAACGAGUGGCGGAUGGUAGCAUCGAUGAGUAAACGGCGAUGUGGAGUUGGUGUCAGCGUUCUGGAUGACUUGCUGUAUGCGGUGGGAGGUCACGAUGGCUCAUCGUAUCUCAACUCAGUGGAGAGAUAUGAUCCUAAGACCAACCAGUGGAGCAGUGAUGUGGCUCCUACAAGCACCUGUCGUACCAGUGUGGGUGUGGCUGUCCUCGGUGGUUAUCUAUAUGCUGUAGGAGGACAGGAUGGGGUUUCAUGUCUCAACAUUGUGGAAAGAUAUGAUCCUAAAGAGAACAAAUGGACUCGUGUAGCCUCCAUGAGCACCAGGAGGCUGGGUGUAGCUGUGGCUGUGCUGGGGGGAUUUCUCUAUGCUGUGGGAGGGUCCGAUGGGACGUCACCAUUAAAUACAGUGGAACGCUACAACCCUCAAGAAAACCGUUGGCACACUGUAUCCCCAAUGGGGACCAGGAGGAAGCACCUUGGCUGUGCAGUCUACCAGGAUAUGAUUUACUCUGUUGGAGGGAGAGAUGACACCACAGAACUUAGCAGUGCAGAACGAUACAACCCCAGGACCAACCAGUGGUCUCCUGUAGUGGCCAUGACAUCCAGACGGAGCGGAGUGGGCUUGGCUGUGGUGAAUGGUCAGCUGAUGGCAGUAGGAGGUUUUGAUGGAACGACAUAUCUCAAAACUAUAGAAGUCUAUGACCCUGACGCCAACACAUGGAGGUUGUACGGAGGAAUGAACUACCGCCGGCUAGGUGGAGGGGUGGGUGUCAUUAAAAUGACUCAUUGUGAAUCCCACAUAUGGUAACACCACCCCCAUCCUCUCGCUCACAUGCUCACUUCUCAUUACGCUGCAAUAUCUCUUGGAUAUCUCUUUUCACCAACUCUCGUGCCUCCAAAAGAGACUGUUAAGUAGUGAGGAUGAGAGAAACAUGGGGGGAGACGAGACAGAAAGAGAAACAGACUUUUAAACUCCAGUUCAACCCCAACUCCACUCCAAGGUGAUUGACUUUGGUUGUCUUUGACCACGGUCACCAUGAAGUGCACUGAGAGCAGAAGUACCAUUAAGUUUCGAGUUUGGAGAGGAUGACCCUUCUCCUGUGACCUCUCCAAGUCCACAUCCCCCAGACUUCUCAGUCUGGGACAUGGAACGGAACUAAACUUGAUUGAGUUUGCUGUUGGGUGUGAUUACUUAACGUCGCAGAGGUUUAAGAAGUUCCAAAUCAUGAGGUCACUGGAAGAGGGAUUUUUCAGUCCUUCCAACUGUGAGGGCCUCCAACACCUUACCUUGUCUUAAAAUACCACCACCCAAAUUCUGGCUAGUGACUGCCCUAAACAGCUAGCCAACCAGAGGACCUUCUGUUUAUCAUGUGAGGUUGAUUAUUUCUGGGAGACAAAACAUUGCAUAUCGGCUGCUCUCUCAUUGUGUCUCCACUUGGCUUUAGGCUUUGAAAUAUAUAUCUGAACUGUGGCUGUUAUGUCUCUGGGCCUUGUGUAGCAUUAAAUUGUAGAAAACUGUCAGGUAGUUUCCUUCUGCACUUAAGCUGUCACUUGGAUACCAGAGAGAGGAUUUCAUCUCUUUUUUUCAACAUGGGGAGGUUAUUAGCAGAAGGAUAUGUGUGAGGAAGUCACUGCUACUCAACAUUAUUUGGCACAUUGAAUGGGGCUGCUGCACUUUACAGGAGGCUGAUGUAGCUGUUUGUUACCUUGGAUGUUUAAAGAUUUCAGUUCAGAUGGUCACAAUGUAGUUAAGGGAAUAUACCAUACCUUUUAGUCAGCAUAACCCUUCAGUGGAAAGAAGCUUAAAGACACCAAAAUCAUCUAGCCGUGUGGCUAGUUUAUUGUUGGCUCCACUGCUUAAUCCUAAAGGCCUCAGUAUACUUAAACUGAACCAGAUUGUCUUACUAGGUCAAGUGGAGAGUGUUGAUUGUAAAUGCAGAACCUCAAAGGCCUGCUGUCAUCGUCUCUGCCCUGCUUCAUCACACUGCUUUUCGCAUGACUAUGCAGUCUCAACACAAUGAAGUAUACUAAUGGAUAUAACAGGCCUCUUUCCUUAAAGACAGCAAGGCCAAUCACCGUGUAGCUUGUCAGAUUGUCAGUUUUGGAAAGUUACAAAAAUUGUUCUGCCAUUGAUAAAAGGGGUCUGAGACCAUGUUGGGUGAUCUGAUAAACACUUAAUUUGAAGCAUACAGUGUCAUAUAGUAUGUUUGUAUGUAUGUAGCCAGUGUGACUUCAGAAGCGGAAAAAAAAUGGUUUCAUAUAUAUAUAUAUAUAUAUAUAUAUAUAUAUAUAUGAAACCAUUUUUUUUUUAAACAAAUCCCAUGAAAACACCAAAAGCCACAAGUUGUUUAUCUGUCUUUCAGUACUUUCCAACAGCCUAUCUGUGGUACUUAAUCCCAAACCCAUUAACUCAUCUUGAAGGUGUUAAUUUUAAAAGCACAUUAUAAAUAUAUUCUUUCAUUUUUUUAAAAUAAGGUUUUGCAAUAUUCUAAAAACAGUUGAGAUACUGUAGUUUUUAGCAAACAUUACUCAAACAGGAAGGAAUUGUACAUAUGUGGGGACUACUUUCAGCUGUGGAUUAAUCCAUAUUUGGCUCUCUCUGGCAGCAGGACUGUGUAUAUGGGGUUGAUUAAAAAAACAAAAACUACAGUGUGUGUGUGUCCAUGGCAAUGGAGGAAUAUGUAAGUCGUGCAUCAGUGUGGCUCGUUGUUGUGUUUUUAAAAGUUUUUGGACACUAGUGGAGCUCUGACAUAUAGGAAUAAGAUAAAUCAGGUUUUAGCCACUCAGUACUUGAAUUUUCUGAGUGGAAGAAAAAAACAUUAUAUAAGCAGAUUUACACCUGUAGUAAUUUGAAAUCAAUCCCCAAUGCUGUCAGAGUUGUUCUGGAGAUUGAAAAUUGAAAAUGAUACAAACAUGCAGCUUUAAAAUACUAGAUUACUUUCCCUGGUCACUGGUUACAGUUGAUGUAUUUGCUUUCAAUUCUAGAGACAGUGAUCUUCUGUGGACUCAGAUGAGUGUAGUGUCUCUUUGUAAAAAGGGCUUCUUAAGCCCAUGAUGCAAGAAAUAAGUUCAGUGAUCUUAUUAAUACUUUUUUCAGCCAUUAUGGAGACCAGCAUCUUGGUCACCGGUGAUCUGGGCUGAGUUCAGUUUGGAAAUGUUUGGAAGUGUUGAUGGAAACUGUCCCUUAAGUCAUUAAAUAACACAUUGGAUGAGACAGCAUAUAUACAGAAAUAACUUUUCAUAAUUCAGUAGUUUUAGAGCAUAUAAAUUGUGACUAUAUAAAGAGAAUAUUUUAAGAUUUCAGAAGAUUUUCUCUUAAGUUUCAUGGUGGCCUUGAUAACAAAAAUCGGGGAACUGCUAAACCCAGACUUAAACCCAGUUUAUGUAUUAGGAUUAAUGUUACGUGCUUCACACUUGUAACAUCAAAAUGUGCCUGUCCUACAAAAUGUUGAAAAGUCCUGAAGACAAAAAUAACAGUGGCCCACGGUGCAGCAGUGCAUAUUUAUCUCAGUUUUUCUUAAAAAGAAUUAACCAAAUAAUUAAUAUAAUUCUCAUCUGUACAUGCAAUAAUAAAGUCAGAACUACUUCUGUAGUAAUUAGUGAUAUGAUAUCAUUUGUUUUUGUUCACACAACCAUGGGGUUUUGACGGACAUGUCCUUUUUGUUCUGCAUUGACAAUUUCCCACAUUUUUGUUCUAUGUCCUCAUAUGCUACACUCAGUAAUGGCACCACCUGCUGGAGGACAGUUAUAGUGCAGUACAGAUAUGAAUGAUAAAGAGAUCCUCUCUGCAGUUUCCUGGUCCCUGGUUGUGUAACUGCUCUCAGUUCAAUGUGACACAGACACAGUUUGAGUAGAUGGUGGACUGGUUUGGGCUGAUCUCAUAAUUUAUUGCACUGUGAUUGGAAAUGUAUUUUAGAUUUUAACUUUUUUUUCUUAUUUGUAUUUUAUAUGGGUGUAUCUUUCCUGAUACAGGGGAAAAAGUCUAAAAUGAUCAUAGGUCAUCUUGGGAAUCAAAUUUUAGUCCCCAGACUGUUGGUGGCUUUGAUGCUGAGCAGAACUGAAUUUAUUUCUUAGAUGCAACACUACAUGUUUUGGCUUUGUGUCACACAGUUUACCACAGUUCUGCACUUUUAAUUGUGUGUGGAACUAAAACAUUGCUGCAAGUGACAGCUGAUAGGCAGUUGUUAUGCAUUAUGUUAGCCACAUUUUCAUAAGCAAGCAGGUCCUAACCUGAAUAGUGGUGUAGUGUUCAAUAAAAAACAAUCAAGAUUUUGUUGGGUUUAGAUUUCUUGGCUAGUGAACUGAUAAUGUAUUUGCUGUAUGCAACUCUUUAUGUUGAAAAUGUUUAUGCUUCGGGAUGUUUUGCAGUAACAUAUGUUAAUGUUCACCUGAAAUAUAGGAUGUCAUUUUCAAAAAUUCAAACACUGGUGCAACACAUCUUAUGUACUAAUUGUAAUAAAUACAUGGUGUCCAUCAAAUAUCAGAAAUAUAAUCACAGAUUGUUGAACAAAAAAUGAUGCAGUCUGACCAACUGUAUAUGUUUUUUUCUCGAAAAAUCUUCCAAGUGUAUGCUGCUACUUUUCACUGCCACAGAAUGAUGAGGAAAUCCCCCUCAGUUGUGAGUGUUAUUGUCUGGGAACCCUGGUUAGUGUCCAGUAGCUGUCCUUUGAAAAUCAUAGUUUUACAAUUUUUCAUGGGCUAAGAAAACAUCCUGUUUUUAAUGCUGCAACUGAAUUUCUCAGAAAUUGUCCAACUGCUUUUAUUUGACAUGUGCUGACAUUUUUUCCUCAGAAUCUCUGAUACUGGUGUUAAUCUUCUUUAAACAGGUCCAGUGCAUUUUUUUGGUAAACAACUAUUGAUCAGGCUGUGGUAAACCAAAGUGUACUGCAGUAUUUGGCUCCCAAACUAAUUGAGUCUCCUUUUAAUCACGUGAUCUACUAACAAUGCAUUGUUACUGUGAUGUACCGAAAUCAACCCGCCUUCAGUCAGUAGCCUAUAUUUAAAUAUCUUGUUUUAAGUAGCCUCUGUGCAGUCUGUCCAACACAUGACCCAAACAUGGUUGUGAUCUCUGGUGUUUGUUUUCAUGAAUCAAGCGGCCAUCUCUCAGCUGUGAUCACUACAACAGAUCUGGACCAUGUGCACUAUGACAAGGAUUAAACCUUUUCCCUGGAAAA